AUGCCCAGUGAUGUCAACUCUGUCCCUGGAUUUCUACAACCCGAUGAGCCAAUAUUCAGAAGAGACGUCGAAAGGAAAGGGUUCAAUAGACAGAAAACACACCAGACAGUCCCACAAGCCCCACAACCCUCGCCUCUGCCGGCGCGGACAGCCAAGACGUCACUUAAACGCGCUGCCGCCUCCUCGCCCCGCCCCGCCCCUGCGCGGAAGUCUAUCCGGGCUUUCGCGUCACCACCCUGCCCACCUGGGUGGCGCGUGGCUUACGCAACGGUUACAGGGCUCCUGGGCCGCUCCCGGGCCAGCGAGGGCUGCGAAAGAAGUUGUAGCAUGCAUACCACAGAAUCAAAAAAUGAACAUUUAGAGGAUGAAAACUUCCAAACAUCUACAACUCCUCAGAGUCUCAUUGAUCCUAAUAAUACUGCACAUGAAGAAACUAAAACUGUCUUAUCAGAUACAGAAGAAAUAAAACCACAAACAAAAAAGGAGACAUACAUUUCUUGUCCUCUAAGAGGAGUAUUGAAUGUAAUUAUUACAAAUGGAGUUAUACUGUUUGUGAUAUGGUGUAUGACCUGGUCAAUCUUAGGCUCUGAAGCUCUCCCUGGUGGAAAUUUAUUUGGGUUGUUCAUUAUUUUUUAUAGUGCCAUUAUUGGGGGAAAAAUUUUACAACUCAUUAGAAUACCUUUAGUGCCUCCACUUCCACCUCUUCUUGGGAUGUUACUGGCUGGUUUUAUGAUUAGGAAUGUUCCAUUCAUCAAUGAACAUGUCCAUGUUCCUAACACAUGGUCUUCAAUUUUAAGAAGCAUUGCCCUUACCAUUAUUCUAAUACGAGCUGGGCUUGGACUCGAUCCACAGGCUUUCAGGCAUUUGAAGGUCGUUUGUUUCAGAUUGGCUGUAGGUCCAUGCCUUAUGGAGGCAAGUGCAGCUGCUGUUUUUUCACACUUCAUUAUGAAAUUUCCCUGGCAAUGGGCAUUUCUAUUAGGUUUUGUUCUAGGUGCUGUCUCUCCUGCUGUUGUUGUCCCUUACAUGAUGGUGUUGCAAGAAAAUGGAUAUGGUGUUGAGGAAGGCAUUCCAACCUUAUUAAUGGCUGCUAGCAGUAUGGAUGACAUUCUGGCUAUCACUGGAUUCAAUACAUGCUUGAGCAUAGUCUUUUCCUCGGGUGGUAUACUUAAUAACGCCAUAGCCUCUAUAAGGAACGUAUGUAUUAGUCUGCUGGCAGGAAUUGUUUUGGGAUUUUUUGUUCGAUAUUUUCCAAGUGAAGACCAGAAAAAACUUACACUGAAGAGAGGAUUCCUUGUUUUGACUAUGUGUGUUUCUGCCGUCUUAGGCAGCCAACGUAUUGGUUUACAUGGAUCUGGAGGAUUAUGCACACUAGUGUUGAGUUUCAUUGCAGGGACAAAAUGGUCCCAAGAAAAGAUGAAAGUCCAAAAGAUUAUUACGACUGUAUGGGAUAUUUUUCAACCACUUCUUUUUGGUUUAGUUGGAGCAGAAGUAUCUGUUUCAUCGCUUGAAUCAAAUAUUGUUGGCAUAUCUGUUGCCACUCUGAGUUUGGCAUUAUGUGUUCGAAUUUUAACCACAUAUCUAUUGAUGUGCUUUGCUGGUUUUAGUUUUAAGGAGAAAAUAUUUAUUGCUUUAGCAUGGAUGCCCAAAGCUACAGUACAGAUGGGGUUUCACCAUGUUGACCAGGAUGGUCUCGAUCUCCUGACCUCGUGAUCUGCCCACCUCGGCCUCUCAAAGUACUGGGAUUACAGGCAUCAGCCACAGCACCUGGCCUCUUGAGUAGUUAUCUUUAUAGCAGUGUGAAAACAGACUAAUACACCUACUAUGUAGAGAUACUGUGCUAAAUGCAAAUACAGUAGCUGUCUUAUUUAUAUCUAUGUAACCAGUGCUUAGUAAUUUGCACAUAACAGGACUUCAGUAAACAACUAAUUCAGUUUAUCUGUGGUGUAAAUCCAGAUUUUCAUAUACUUGGAACCAGGUUUCUUUUGUCUGUAAAGCAGGAAUAACAACUGUAAGCUCAUUUGUUCAAUAGUAUUUACUUAGUACCUACCACACUCCACAAAUUGCACUAUGUGGGGAUACAGGCUAAUAGAUAAGGUCCCUUCUCUCAUAGGGUAUAUAUUUCAGAGGACAGAGACUAUAAACAAGUGAACAAAUAAACAAGAUGAUCACAGACUGUAGUAACUGUUAUAAAGGAAGUAAAGGAUGACAUAAGAGAAAAACUAACCUGGGGCAAAGCAGUAGGUUGGCUGCAAUUUUAGGUAAGGGGUCAGGGAAGGUUUCUGAAAAAAGAACCUUUAAGCAGAGACCUAACGAAUGAGAAGCCAGGAGCUCAAGCACUUGAGCGCAGAAUUUUCAAGGCACAAAGAAAAGUAAAGAGUCUUCUAACUUCAAAGGAUUGCUGGGAGAAACGAAUGAAGUAGGAACCCACUCAGUAAAAACUACAGAACACAAUUCAAACUAUUAAUGCAUUCUGCCUUAAAACUAUAUAGUUAGGUAAAUAUUUGUCUCCUCCCCAACUAAACAAAAAAUCCCUAACUCCCUACCCUUUAACAGAGACUUCCAUAAACCAAGACCUCAGUAAGUUUUAGCCUAAUUGAGUUUGUACUCCAAUAAAGUGGCACUUGAGAUAAUUCCUACAAGGUCUGGACUUAUUUGUCUUUGUUCAUGGCUUAUGAAUAAUAACAGUGUAAGUUAAAAUACAGGAAGACUACUUAAAAUAUUUAUGAAAAAAACUUUCAGCACCUUAUAAAAUUGUAAUACCUCACUCACAUGUAUCAGGUGAUGGG